UUAUUAGUUCAGUGUUCUACCUGUUCCACAAACGUUCCAGACACAGAACGUACAUUGGGUUCAAUGUAUUUUACCCAGAGUCAUAUUUUAAAAUGUGCCACAUUAGAUGUUUUUAGAUCGUGUCCAUAGAACCCAUAUGGAACCUAAUAAUGAAAUCGGUCUGCACGUCCAGGAAGAAGAAAGUCAGCAGCUUUUUUGUUAUUGUCACGGCUUUUUGUCAAAGUGAACACAGAUCCAAACUAUCUAAAGUCAAACGUAAAAUCAAUACCUCCUUUGGGUCAAUAUCAUGUCUUUUUACCAGAUGUCUUAAUAUUUGGCUGGAUUCAUUCCAAUGCUCCAAAGGCAGAGCAGCAUUUCUGACUGAUUUAUGAGUCCCCUGAUGUGUGAUUUUCAGAAGUGUGUUUGUGUGACUCUAACCUGACAGCAACAGUGAUAACUGAUUCACAUCUGGUUCAGGUGAAUAUUCCUAGCUUAGGUUUUAAUUCAUCAUCUUUGUACCAAGUUUAUUACAUGAGACAUGUAGUAAUGUAAUAUGAAUGGUGUCUGAAGCAGUAAAUAAAGACCCAAUUAGUAGUGACAGGUUUAGGCUUGACCUGAUGCAGAUGCAGGGGCUCGGUGACGAUGACAUGGUGGAUGGAGACCUGGGAGACGGGAUGGGGGGCAAAAAAGCACCCAGCUCCACACGGAAGAAGAGCCAAAGUGCGAGGAGAAGCUCAGAGCCUCAGCUUCCUGGAGCCGAGGACGCAGCCUCGAUCCCCGGGCUGAAGAUCACAGAGGAGCAGAGAGCUCGCUGGACGGCGCCAUGCUGUGGCUCCUUGCUGGACCUCUCUAAAGAUGAACUGAAGGACCGGCUGAAGGCAGCAAGUGAGGUGAUAGACGCGCUGUGCUGCGAGCUGGACGUGGCUCAUCGUUACCUGGAGGGCAAGUACGAAGCCCUGAAGAUCCUACAGGGGAAGGCCAUCCUGGACAAAGCCACGGGUCACACUAAAAGUCUGCUGCAGAAAAGCGAGGAGCGGGCCAAAGAGCUGGAGAAGGAAGUGAACAGUCUGCAGUGGGAGAUCAGCUUCAAGCAGGUCCAGAUGAAGAGGUCGGAUCAGACCUGGGAGCAGAAGUACAGCAGAAUCCUGAGUGAGAACAAGAGUCUGAGCGACAGCCUGAAGGAGAGAGAGCAGGAGACGCUGCAGCUCCGGGCAGAAAACGCAGCGCAGCGCCGGCAGAGCCAGGAGCUGCUGUCCAUGCUGAGCGUGAAGGAGCGGAGGCUUUACCAGGGCACCGCCCCCCCGUCGGGCCCCGACAGGGACGCCAGCGUCCUGGAGCUGGCUGUGCUGGGGGCCUGCCAGUGUCCUGGUGCUGCUGACGCCUGUCCAUGCAGUCACACAGCAGCUGCCAGCAGAAAGCAGCUCAUCCAGCUGCAGCAGGAGCUGGAUGCGCAGCGUCUGAGGAGAGAGGAGGCCCUGACGGUGGCGGACGCGUUCCGCAUCGCGUUCGAGCAGCAGCUGAAGAAGCGGAGUGAGCACCUCCUGCUGCUGGCUGAGGCCAACGCGCUCAAGUGUCAUCAGGGCAAAGGCGACGGGCUCAACAGGAGUCCUUCCAUGAGCGUGGGCCAGAGGCUGAGGGCGCUGCUGCCGUCCAGUCUGGACGUCAACAUGUCGGCCGAUCUUUUAGUGACUCUCGACAGACUGCUGGACUUGCUCAAUGACAAGGAGGAAGCCUUGGCUCACCAGAGGAAGGUUAGCAUCAUGCUGGCCCGCAGCGCAGAGCAGCUGCAGAGGCAGCUGCACCUGGAGUCCCAUCAGCGGCCGUCCAGCCUCCUGCCAGAGCCGCCGCACGGCGCGACACAGCCCCGAAGCCUGUCAGCAGCCGGUCCACCUGCACGGCAGCACACCGAGCUGCCACAUCCACAGCUUCAGCCACAACACGAGCCUUCAGACAGAUCACGGGCCGCCGGCCAGACCCCGUGUUGUCAGGAGAGCCACGAGUCCUGAUCCACACAGGAAGUAGCAGACAAAACCAAGGAACACAGACUGGAACAGGAAGUCCACAUCCGUAAUCAUUUUACAGAUGCACAAAACAAUGGAAUGGUGCACAGAUAAUGGACACAUUAUUCAGUGUGUAUGAUUAUUAUUAAUAUUCUCAACAGAGUAGCCUGCUGUACUUCUAUUUAAGUAAAUUAUUUGUGUAUUCCAAACAAAGUAAUGUGAAUCAACUGUGACAUUUCAACUCGAUAUUUACAUAUCGAUAUUAUAAUUAUUAUACGAUAUUUGCCCGACCUGUCGCCGAGCUCCCUGCAAUGCGAGCGCGCGUCCAGCAGAGGGCGCUGCAGCUCCACCGCCGACCUCCGGCCGUCGGGCCGUCAGCGCUGACGCCGCCGGCCACCAUGUGACCGUCCUGACACGCCAACAAAGUCAUUGUGUUUAUUUAACACCGUGUUUUCGCCGCAUUGGUUCACAGCAAGCGCCUUUUCUCUAGUUUGUUGUCGUGCGGGGCUGGAGGUGGGGCCGGGUCCGGGUCCGGGUCCUCAGGGCGUCCGUCCCGUCCUGCUUCAGGAUUUACUGUGAGUCGGCCGCGUGGACGCGGCGCCGUGAGGACGGAGGACAGUCGUCGUGUGAGACGCGUGGAUGAAGGACCGACGCUGAGACGAUGCGCUCUCCGGCCUGUUCACUGCAGGCCGAUGCCGUGGAACAGUGUGAACAGGGCGCACGAGACUCGGACUGGCGCGCGUGAAUACGAGUGAAUGCGCGUUAGAGACAAGCCGUGACCUGGCGAGUAUGAACUAAAGUCAUACGAUAAAUAAGAGGAAAUAAAUUUGGAACAAUUUGUGAUAUUUUUCGUUUUCUGAUUUUAUUCUAAUUCGUGCAACAAAUGAGCGCAUUGUCGGUUGCGUCAGAGAGAAAUUAAUACGGGCUGGGUCGGAUAUUGUCGGAAAAUGUAAAAAAAAAAUUAAGAAAUUGUAUUAAACAUCAAGUAUUUAUUAAUAUUUUAAAAUAUAAUUUUCGCAAGUUUUCAUUUAUAGAUUGUCUGUUUUUAAAUGAAUUUCUACUACGGAGAGAAAAUCAAAACUGGGCUGUGACCCAGAUUGAGGUUCACUGUUCACCGACGAGCGCGGUCUAACAGCGCUGAAAGGAUCGACAUCUGCCAGAAUCAGCCAAUGGAACACACACUAGUAACAUUGAAAAGCGGGGAUUAAGACCACUUUCUAAUGUGAGCCCAGAAGCCAGGCAGCGGCCCGCGAGCGUCAUGGAUCGCCCGGAAAAGACGCUCUGCUCUCGGACUCUUUCAUUCCUACAUGUGUGAAUUAUUUCUAAGUGUCACCGUCGCGUGUGGCCUGAAGAUCCCACGAACGUUCGGUCGUCGAGGAAUCCUCUGCACCAGCGUCGCGCUCCUGCAGCACAUCUGCGGCAGCUUUUUCAUAAUUACGUUUGCUUAUUGCACAUUUGCACAGACAGAUGUUCACGGACACUUUAUGCCUGAAACAAAAUGUUGUGGGAAAUAGUUUUGGUCAAAAAAAAAAAUCAACAGAAACGCCUAAUUUGUCAAAUGUAAUUAAUAACAAGUAAUGUCGCAAGAAACAAUAAUAUCAUUUCCAUAAAAUUUGAAUUAGAAUUUUCUGACUAUUUUAUAAUGUGCCUGCUUUAAGAUGCUCCACGUAUACAUGAACAUAACUAUUGUGAAUUUUGAAAAUUAAAUUAAUUUUGUACAACACAAA